CUUCGUUCCAUACUGAAGAUUAGAUGGCCGGAAAGAAUCACAAACAAGAAGCUAUGGGAACAAACGAAACAGGAACCAAUCGCCCAACAAAUAUGCAGGAGAAAGUGGAGAUGGAUUGGACACUCGCUGAGGAGGCCGUUGGGUGACAUCGCGCGUCAGGCCCUCGAGUGGAACCCGAAAGGGAAGCGGCGAGUGGGACGUCCAAGGGUGACAUGGAGGAGAUCGUGUGAGGAGGAGAUGAAACAGUAUGGAAUAACAUGGACGCAAGUGAAAAUUACAGCAGAAGACAGAAGCAAGUGGAGACGUGCAGUUGAAGCCCUAUGUUCCACUAGGAACCCUAGGGAACAAUAAUAUAAUAAUAAUAAUGCUAACUUUACUGAUCGUUCCCACAAAUGUGACAGUUGAAAAUUGUAUGCUGAUUAUUGUGUCUGUAUUCGAACGCCAUUGGUUAUUCCGAAAAAUGUGACAAUUACUAAAUGUACGUGCAUUAGUGUGUAUCUGUGUCUCAAUUUGGUUGAGGAUUAUAUAUAUAUAUAUAUAUAUAUAUAUAUAUAUAUAUAUAUAUACGUAUGCUUGUGGUAUGACGGACUGGGUGUCUGAAUUCUAAUUAUCCUAAUACUGAGGGAUUACUACUACAUUCGGUGUAGUUCUCGUUUGAUUCUGGAUAUAAGUUCGAGUGAACACUAAUUUAGGAGAAAUGCUUCUUAGAAAGCAGCACAUAUACCUUAUUUAAAAUGACUUAAUGAACUGACAACAAUUUUUCUGAAUUCAAAUCUUCACAUCUUCAGUACCGACACGGAGUGGCAAGAAUCAUUCGUGGAAUUCAUAUUUCUUCAUUCACAUAAGCUGUAAUGCGUAAACAGAAAACAGCUGUAUGAGUACAAUAUUAAGGGCAAUUAAUAUGCUAGUUUUUAAAAAAAAUAAAAGUUCCUAGAUGAUUUCAUGUGAAACACUUCAUCAAAACACUAAUGGCUUUCUCAAACGAAACAGUAUACCUUGUUUUGCAAAUGAAAUAUGAACUACUGACAAUUUAUCUGCAACCUACAUAGUCCAGAGCAUAUAUUAAGGGUUUCCUCCUUAAUCGCCUUUUUUCUAAUUAUUUUCCCCUUCAAAAAUAUCCCCCCCUUUUCAUCAUUUUCCCUAGAAAUAUCCCAGUUUUGUCCAUGUUAUUGCACAUUUGGGAAUGGACCUAGUCAUACAAAUUUUUGAACCAAUCUAAAGAACAACGACUUACUUACUUUACUUUACUUCGGCUAUCUCCUACGGGAGGAUGAGCCGGCUUCAUGAACAUCUCGAAUCAUCGUUUGUAAGAGAGUUUAUGAAGUUUCAUGGGAAUUUGGUACGAGUGAUGUCCCCAGAAUUGCUCGGCCUUUUGUUUGAGAGUGCAGCUCUAGCCUUUACACAACCAAGUGUGACCUACAAGGCAGUAGGAGUGGAGUAGGGAGUCCACUAUCCAUUGGCAGCCGCUGACCGGAAUUCGGUUCAUACGCCUUUUUGAAUGGGGCCAGACAUCCAGGACAUCCAACAAGCCCUUUGUCCAUACAUCUGCCGGUGAGCUCCAGUAAGCUUCAUACGCCAGUCGUUGGAGGUUUGGAAUCAGAGUUUAGCCUUCUCCCCUAGACUGUCAUCUAAUGGACAGUCAACCCGGUGAAGAGCGCCGGGCAUCCGCUUUCGCCCUCUCACUUUGGUGAAAAACACCUCCGCCACGUGAAGGCAGUGAGUAGGACUUCCUCAGGAGAGGCUAUGUAAGACGCCUGGUCAUAUGGGAGCAUUUCAAGAGGUGUGCGGAGGCGUGGCCAACCCGCAGCGCAAGGCACCCACCCCCGACCAUCCUGAGGCUUUGGAGGCAAAGAACAACGACCAUGGAGUGCGAACACACCAGUUACCUUGUGCGCACAUCGUUCUUUGGAUCGUAGAACCUUUCGUUUUACAGUGCCAGUAUGAAUGUUGUGCGCGGACUGAGAUGUAAAUUGCAUCCCGUUCUCUGUUUUAAGUACUGUUCGAACAUUGAGUUGAUAGCAUGUUAAGGUUAGGAUUAGUGUUAGGGUCAAGGUAAGGAGUGCGUUUAGGGUUAGGGUUGGGAAUAGGGUGUUUCAUUAUUAUUUUGGGUAAUUUUCUCGUAAACAAGUGGCUUUCCAUUGGUCGUCUCAAGGCCGCCCUUGCUUCCGCACUCCGUGGUUGCAACUUUUUUCGCUUAUUUUGUGAAUAUGGAUAAAGUAGGUAAAAAUAUGGGCAAUUUUUCGUUCAAAGCUGGGUAAAAUGGGAGAAAGUUUCAUUUUCGGAAGUGACACGAGUGAAUUGAGAAAAAGUGGGUAAUGUUUUUUAGAACACAUGGGUAAGUGUUGCGUAGUACUCAUAUAUGGAUAGUAUAUUCUCAUUCUAAUGACUUCUAUGGUUAUCGUCGCAGAGUACUUUAGAGACUCCUUAUGUUCAUGCAUGUACAGCAGCACAUUCAUGAGCAGGUGGAGUUUAGAUUAGUAUUUUAAUAUAGACACUUUAUAGUACCAUAGUGUGUAUGUUUGUCUCAUCAAUGAUUGUCUUACGCGUAUUGUGCCCACUCCUCCUGCGAAAUCAACCAAUAUGUUUGCUGUAAUGUUAAGCUAACAAUAAUGCAGAGGUAAUGCUGAUAAAAUCUGAAAGAGUGGUAUUACCGUGAUGAGUAAAUACUGUGUGCUAUCAGUUCAGCACCUGCUGACAUUUUUCAGAACUUUUAUUGUUGGGUCAGCAGUAGCUAUCAUUAUUCUGAAAAUUAUCUGCUCAAAUAUCAUAUUACCAAGCAUAACUGCGUUACGGGACAGGCCGCAAAAUUUUUUCAGAGCAUUAAACUUGGAAUAAAACGGGGGGAAAAUACUUUCAUUAUAGAGUGAAUUUAAUAACUAAAAGCACACAGUGAUACAGUGUUAUUUGCUAGUAGCGCUUCAAACAUCAUAUGUUUCUCGAAAUCACAGUAAGUUACGUAACUUUCAAACUUCGUUUAUAUAGUUCCAUUAUUUUCUUCAAAUUUAAGGGCGAAAUAUGUAGACAAACAGAAAGGUGGCAAUGUCGUCAACCAAAUCCCAUUCGUAGCUGAUAUGUACAGUUGUGAAAAUAUGGCUCUUGAUGCAUUCAUUCCUAUCUCACAUAUGUGGUGAAGAUAUGUGGAUAACACUUUCAUAGGGUUAAAAAUAAGACAUAUCUCUAGUUUCUUAACACAUAAACUCAUUAGUAGUGGGAAUAAAAUUUACAUCUGACUCAGAACAUGAACAAGGAAAAUUUGAUUAAAAAAUAAAACGAGCAGGAGAAGGUAGAAAGUCUACUGGUGUUUAUAAAAAGCCAACACUAAUAGCUAUUUAGACUUUAAUUUAUCUCCUCCGUUAUCCGUAAAGGUAGGCUUGCUUAAGUGUUUGAUACUCUGAGCAGUAACUCUAAGUAGUACAUUGCGAAUCCUAAAUAAUGAAAUGAAACAGAAGAAGCGUUGAUGCGAAAUAACCAUCUCAUAAAAUUCAUUAAGGUCACAAAAGUUCACAAGAAAGAGAAAACUUCUAGUGUAACUGUUGACCAUAACAAAUAAGUAUUUAAGGUAUUUACGGUUUCACCAUAUGGGAAAGGGACAUCCAAAACCCCACGUAGGAUCUUUAACAAAGCAGGAGUUGGGGUGGCAUUUAAACCCACAAAGUCACUCAGGGACAAGCUCCGCAGGUUAAAGGACCCUAUUUAUCCGAUUAGACAAAGUAGUUUAAUCUACAAAAUGCUUUACAAUGACUGUGAGGUCAACUACAUAGGUCAAACUAGUAGAUCGGCGGUAGUCAGAUUAUCAGAUCAUAAGAAUUUAGCUAGAUGUAGGAAGAUUGACUCCUGUAAAGUGAAUACUUUAGAGAAAAACCCGGCAAUCGCGAUGUAUGCAUUUACACAAUCACACAAUGUUGUGGGACAAUGAAACAAUUCUUAAACGGAAUGUAGGUAUUUUAAGGAUGAGGUUGGUCGCUGAAUCGUUAUUCACCGAAUACACACCUAACACUUGCAAUGGGAAUGGUACAACGUCAAUACCAGCGAUAUGAAAAAUAUUACUCCCAAUGAAACUAAAGGAUUAGAAAUAAUACAGUUAUGUAGAUGACGUUUGAAGGUUAUGUAGGGAUGAAUGAAUGUCGUCACUCAAUAAUACUGUAUCACUGUGUAGUCUUUUCAGAUACAUUUGCUGUAUGAUGGAAUUAUACCCUACCGAAAUUCCCAAGUUUCUUUCUUUCAAAGGAGAAAAAUAAAAGGUGAGAGUAGUAUCAUCAAAAUCCACUAAAUCCCCGUAGUCAAUGAGAAAAAAAUAAUGAUUGUUCAAAUGGAAAUAUAACGUAAAUAAAUAUUCACCGCUGUAAUAAACUUUGUAUUACCUCAUCACGAUUCUUUUAUUCAGUUUUGUAGAUGAGUUCAGGCACUCCAUUGGAGCCCGUAUUUGGUUAUUCUAACACAGAGGAAAAGUUAAAUAAACGUACUAAAUUUCGAAACGCUGUAAUUGUUGGAUGUGGUGUCACAACUGUUACUGCAUACUAUGUGUUUUGGUCCUUUGUUUCUCCUGCAUUUCGAAAAUUUUGUUUGCCAUUCUUACCUGCUACGUCUCCACAACUAGACAACACUUACAAGCUUUUGAAAUAUGCACAAAGUCGACGAAUUGACAGGUCUUUGGGAUCAGUGGUCGACCUCGGCAGUGGUGAUGGACGUGUGUUACUUGAUUUGCUGACUCGACCAAAAUUGAAAAUUUGUUCUGCCCAUGGAGUAGAGCUGAAUCGACCACUGGUUUGGUACUCACGUUUCAAGCUAUUUCGCGUUAGCGAAUUGCCGACUACACCUAAAGUGACUUUUACAUGCGGAAAUAUUUGGAAGACUAAUCUCUCCGUGUAUGACACAGUCUUAUUAUUUGGUGUUGAUUCAAUGAUGAAUUCGAUAGAACAGAAGCUGAACAAAGAAUUACGAGCUGGAUCGAUUGUAGUUACAGCUAGAUACCCACUGCCUAACAAGGAAGCAUGCAGAGUAAUUAAUGAUGGACCACAUUCUGUAUUUUUGUACACAAUCUAA